AUGCCUUCCGGCUACGAGUACAAGAGCUCCGGCACCAACUCACAGGGCAAUCACUACUGCGCCCGUGAUUAUGGCUCCAGCGCCUCCAACCAGAACUCUUACCACUACUCGAACACUGAUGGAUCCUACUAUUACUCGAACCCCAAUGGCAGCACCUAUUACAACAACGGCUCAGGCGGCUCUACUUACACUCCUGCCGGCAGCGGCAGUGGCAGCAGCAGUGGCAGUGGAAAGAAAUAA